AUGGCCGACCAAGCUGCCCAGCCUCCAGCUGGUACCGGCGCCGAGGCUAAUGGCGCAGCUCCUGCCUCCAAUCUUCAGGAGAACAGCUAUGAUGUCGAAGUUCAGCUGAGCGAUCUCCAAAAAGAUGAGGCGCAUCCGCUGGGAUCAGCUACCACGUUUGAAGAGCUUGGAUUGCCAAACGAAGUUCUCGAGGGCUUGAACGCUUUGAAAUUUCUGAAGCCCUCCAAGGUUCAAGAGAAAGCACUUCCUCUUAUGCUUGCAGAUCCACCCCAGAAUAUGAUUGCCCAAUCUCAAUCAGGCACUGGAAAGACAGCAGCGUUCGUUACUACCGUUCUCUCUCGAGUCGAUUUCAGUCAGCCUACCAAGCCACAGGCCUUGCUCCUUGCGCCUAGCCGUGAACUAGCCCGCCAGAUCCAAGGCGUUGUCGCCACCAUUGGCCAGUUCAUCCCGAACCUAGGAGUGGCAGCUGCUAUUCCCGGCGCUAUUCCUCGCGGCGGAUCCGUUGAUAAGGCUAUUGUAGUUGGUACCCCAGGCACUGUCAUGGACUUAAUUCGGCGACAUCAGUUUGAUGUUGGUGGUUUGAAGUUACUUGUUAUUGACGAGGCCGACAACAUGCUGGAGCAGGGAGGUCUUGGCGACCAAUGCUCCAGAGUUAAGAGCUUACUUCCAUCCACUAUACAGAUCCUACUGUUUUCUGCGACUUUCCCCGAAAAGGUCUUGAAAUAUGCCACAACUUUUGCUCCUAGUGCGAACAUAAUCAAGUUGAAGGUUCAAGAACUUACAGUAAAGGGAAUUUCUCAGAUGUACAUGGAUUGUCCUGGAGAGGCGGAUAAAUACGAAAUUCUCUGCAAACUGUAUGGCUUGAUGAACAUUGGCUCAUCGAUCAUUUUCGUCAAGACUCGUGAAAGCGCGUCGCGGAUCCAGCAGAGCAUGGUUCGAGACGGUCACAAGGUCUCGGUCUUGCACGGAGCGUACGAAGGUAGUGAACGAGACGCCCUGCUUGACGAAUUCCGAACUGGCAAGUCCAAGGUUCUUAUAACCACCAACGUGCUAGCUCGUGGUAUAGAUGUCUCUACAGUCUCUAUGGUCAUCAACUACGACAUACCCAUGAAAGGAAUGGGUGAUGCCAUGCACGACACGGAGACGUAUCUUCACCGUAUUGGACGAACUGGUCGCUUUGGCCGUGUCGGUGUCAGUAUUACCUUUAUCUCGGACAAGAAGAGCUUCAAUGCCCUGCAGGCGAUUGCGGGUGAUCUUCAGAUCGACUUGGUUGCCCUGAGCCCCGAUGACUGGGAUGAGACCGAGAAACAGGUCCAGAGAGUUAUUAAAUCAAGCCGAGCCCAGGCGAAUUUUGUACCGAGCGCUGUAGGUGGAGGACAGUAA